AUGUAUAGAACGGCGUCAGUCGAGGGCUCCGGGCCGAGGACGCCGCCGGCCUAUGCCCCACAUCCGCCUUACGUCCCACCCCGUUUCUUUCCUCCUCGGAUUCGUCCACCGCCGCCCCAGUACUGUUUCGACGCCGCCAGGUUCGCCUGCGAUGCUUCCAAACCUCGCUACUUAGAUGUAGAAAGAGAAAGGCUAGUCACAAGGUGGUUAGCUGAAGCUAAUGAAGCCUUAGUAAGAAGGGACCGACCUCCAAGGUAUAAGCCGAGGAGUAGUGAAAGACGACCAGAUUAUCUGGAACGGAGACCUAAUGCUCCAGAAUGGGCGGACAAUUUUUUGCUAGGGAGAAGAAACGGUUCCGUUGAACCGGAAGACGAUGGUAGUGAAGUGAUGACAUUAAAAGAAUUCGUGGAUAAGUUUUCUUUACCGCGAGUGGUCAAGUUAGAGGGGGAGGAUAGGCCAGUGCUUCUGUACAGGGUACUGGAGGCGCACAGGAGAGUGGAGGCGGUGCCGUUGUCUGGCAAGAAGGGCAAACUGGUCGGAAAGCCGCUGUAUAUUCCGGAUUCUUACGAUGGAAAGCAAGAAUAUGAUGUGUCCGAUCCCUUACAAUAA